UCCGGACUGGAAGGGGGGGAAAGUGUCCGGACUGGAAGGGGGGGAAAGUGUCGGACUGGAAAGGGGGGGAAAGUGUCCGGAUGGAAGGGGGGGAAAGUGUCCGGACUGGAAUUGGGGGGGGACAGUGUCCGGACUGGAAGGGGGGGAAAGUGUCCGGACUGGAAGGGGGGGGAAAAGUGUCCGGGACUGGAAGGGGGGGAAAGUGUCCGGACUGGAAGGGGUUGAAAGUGUCCGGACUGGAAGGUGGGGGAAAGUGUCCGGACUGGAAUGGGGGUUGAAAGUGUCCGGACUGGAAGGGGGUGAAAGUGUCCGGACUGGAAGGGGGGUGAAAGUGUCCGGACAGGAAGGGGGAGAGUGUCCGGACUGUGAAGGGGGGGGAGAG